GUGCGGGCAUUGCAAGAAGCUGGCCCCGGACUAUGACAAAUUCGGGGCUGCCUUUAAAGAGACCGAAUCGGUGGUUGUCGGUAAGGUGGACUGUGACAAACACAAGAAGCUCUGCAGCGAGUACAAAGUGAAGGGCUACCCCACGCUCAAGUGGUUUCCGAAAGGGGCCUCCAAACCUGAAGACUACACAGGGGAGCGCACUGUGGAGGAUCUGGUGGAAUUUACGAACGAAAAGCUGGGCACCAGUGUUGAGCCACCAGCGCCACCACCAUCGCACGUGGUAACCCUGUUGCCCAACACCUUUGAUGCCGUGGUGCUGGAUCCCUCCAAGUUCGUGCUUGUGGAGUUCUACGCGCCCUGGUGCUCGUUUUGCCAAGACCUUGCUCCGGCAUACGAGCAGCUUGGGCGGGCAUUCAGAGACGAGGAGAACGUGGUGAUCGCCAAGCUGGACGCGAGCAAGCACAGAGAGCUCAAAGAGAGGUACAGCAUAACGGGUUACCCCACCAUACUAUGGUUCCCUCCGUCCAACAAGCAAGGCGAGAGCUACGAGGGCGCGUGGGAGUUGAGAGACCUUGUGGCGUUUGUGAACAGGGCGGCGGGGACCCACCGCACCAACACGGGCAUGCUCUCUGAUAUGGCCGGGCGCAUAGCAGCUUUGGACGAGCUGGCCCGCGGGUUUAUUGCAGCAAGCAAGGAGGGGAGAGAGGAGCGACUGGGCAAGGCGGAGAGGGUGACAGUGAGCGAGGAGGAGAGCAAGUGA